AUGAUUCUAAGGUUAACACAAUUCAUAUCGCAGUUGCUGAAUGUGUUUGCUCUUCAAUCACAAAUACGAUUCAAUAGGUUGCAUAAGUCAAUAUACGGCAUCUCGUAUGAUUACUAUAUAUUGGAGACUUUGAUAUGCAUCGCAUCUAUAUAUUACUCGACUAAUUAUCAGUUCAAUACAACCGCCAGAUCUCAGUUAAUGCUGAGGUAUCCUGUUUGGUUCGAAACUGAAUCAUUAUCAAGUGUGAUUUCAAAUGUUUUAAUAAUUUUAGAAGUAUCAAGGCUCGUUGGAUUAUUCUUAGUAGAUAGACAGUUACGUUUGUAUUAUAGGACAAAACAUGAAUUCCAGGGGUACUCUACAAUUUGUAGAAUUGUUAUUGGAACAUUUUGGCUUCUUUUUGUAGUAAGCAUCAUAAUAAUAUUUAAAAUAAAGUCCGGUAAAUUGUUUGUUCUAGAUCAUUUUGAUAUAACGUGGACCCUGACCCAGUUGCUCAAGAUUGGUAGUCUGUGGCCACAAAUCUGUAUCAAUUGGAUGACAAGAAGUUGUAAAGGUAUGUCGAUUAAUUUCAUAAAAUUUUCCAUCAUAUCUAAUAUAAUAAUAGUCCUGGGAAUAUUAGUGGAAAACAAGAAUAAUUUUCAAUUUCAACUACCAUUCAAUAGUGAAGUCCUCUUUGUGACAUUAAUUAGAUUAAUUAAUAUGCUGAUAGUAUUAUAUCAGCAGCAAUUCUUAUACAAUAAUAAAACUAUAGUAAUCUAUUAA